AUGGCUCCUCGUGGGCCCACAAAAGCCCGCGACUAUGAUUACUCAAAUGUUGGCAAAACCGGAAGGCGCACAGGGAUCACCUUAAAGGAGGGCAAGCGUGACGAGCAUGGAAUGGAAGACAUUGAAGGGAUGUGGUCGUCUCCUGAGAGAUCUCCUUCGCCAGAUAAUGGAGUCAAUGAUAUGAACGAUGCUUCGAUUGGCUCGGAUGGGAUGUCAAUGGACGAGGAUAACGCCCUCGGCCCGGCAGAUUUUCUCGGUGGUGUAAAUGGUAGCCGCGGAUCUUAUCACCUACCUCCUGUUGCUCGUUCGCCUAUGAAGUCUGGCUUAACUGGGUCACCGCGGAGAACCCCCGGCUUGCGAUCUUCGCAAAGCCCGCAACCUGAUAUCCUCUCCUCUAGCCCCUCUGACGGCAAGAGCUUGGGAAACACAAAGGGGGACUCUCGGCAAGAUGUUUCUCCUCUUACGAACCGUUCUAUAAAUGCGCCCUCUUUAAAUGGCACGCGAACCAAGGGUAACAAAACAUCAGAGCCACCAAUUCCAUUGACCUUUUCGGACAGCGACGCGAACAGCCCAUUCAAUGGAGAUGAAAAUGCAGGUAUUUUCGAACAGAUCCAGAAUGAGUUUGUGGACAGCUUUAACACCAACAAUAAUGCCAUUGAAGGCGACCAAAGAGAGGAGAUUGGACAGAACGGCGUCGGCGAAGACUCACACUCAAUUGUAUCUCCUCAAUUAUAUGCUCACAAAUCAGCGAAGACAGUCGCUAAACCUAGAAGAAAUGCACAGGAUGAAGAAGGUGGAGAAGAAGAUACUGUUCGGCGCAAUGUAGCAAAAGUCCAAGAACCAUCACAGAAACGCAAACGCCCAGGGAGACCCCCAAAGAGCCAGGCUAAGGCCAAAGAUGAUACAGAGGAGCAAAGACCAUCGAAGAAAACCAAGACCUUCAACCAAGCUCCGGAGGACCGUAAUUCAUCAGGACACCCUGAAUUGGAGCAGGUUGUUGAAAGCUACGUCAACCGCACAGGACCUUUGAAGGGACGAGGCUUGUAUAUUCUCAAACGAGAAGAACCCACAGGGAGCAGCGCCACACACACUAGAUCAGGGCGUGUAUCGGUUAGACCCCUUGCCUAUUGGAGAAACGAACGGUGCGUUUAUGGUGAUGGUGAGACUUCUGAGGGUCAACGAUAUCCCCUUUCUACGAUCAAAGAAAUCAUCAGAACAGAAGAGCUUGAAACAGGGAAACGAAAGACAGGCAAUCGGCGAAGGAAGCUGAAGUCGAAGAGAAGGCAUGACGAUUCUUCAGAUAGCGAAGAAUACCUCGAUGCUUGGGAAAAGGAAGGAGGAGUUCUACAUGGAUACAUACGGAAAUGGGACCCAGAGGUCCAGACAAGUGCAGAAGAUGAGGAAAUAACAUCGCGUACGCCCCUUCUGGAAUGGAAACUAGAGAUGUAA